UAGCUAGUUACAAGCCACGGAAGGAGGGCGGCCCUUUAACUGGAGUAUCAAACAGUUGCUUACUUUAGUGAUUCCUAAUUUCUGACUUGGAAAUCGAAGAGCAUACCUGAACAACAAAGCCCCUUUGCACCCUGCUGGCAGGAGGAUGUCGGAGAGCUCCAGUGAUACCGAGUCCUCCUGCGGUUGGACUAUCAUUAGUAAUGAGGGUUCAGAUAUAGAGACCCUGGGAACAGAGAAUGGGCUGGAAUGCGUGAAGGAUCUCCCAGAAUGCAUAGCAGUGCAACAGGACCAGCAUGCUUCUUUCUCUGCCGAAGGAUCUGACAAUAGACCUGAGUCAUCACAUGAUGCCACCCCGAAGGAAGAAAUCUUAGAUGAGACUCUGAGUGCCUCUGAGGUUGUGGGUGAGGUGGCGGGGGAUGAGCAUGUGACCCUGUGCUCCUCCAGCGACCACUCAGACAUUGUGACUCUUGGGGACAUGAGGGAGGCAGAACUGGGCCCCUGGGAGGAGCAGGCUGAGUUGGAGGAGGAAAAGGAGGCCACUGGCGGGGAGGACUCUUACCUGGGGACCUCCUCCAGCAGCCAGUACACCUUCAGCACAGCAGAGACUGUGUUUCCAGUAGAGCACCCUACAGCAGGAGACUCCAGCAGCAGUGAGGACGAGGCUGUGGAUCAGGUGACCCCCCUGGUGAGGAGGCGCAGGGUGAGGAGGAGCACCACCAGCUCCACAGCUGAGCCAGAGGAGGAGCAGGAGUCUGGCCACAGUGACAGAGAGGACGUUCCUGACAUGCACCAAGAGGAGCUGCAGGAGCCACUGGUUACUCCUGCUCCGGGUCAUGUCAGCGGCACCCUCAACAAGUGCAUCCUGUUGGCCCUUGUCAUCGCCAUCAGUAUGGGCUUCGGACACUUCUAUGGCACGGUGCAGACUCAGGAGAGGCAGAAGAUAGUGGAGAAGAUCAGGGAGGGGGGUCUUGGCGAUCCCAGAGUUCUGCCUCCACAGUGUUCCAGAGGACAGCCAACUGUCAUCAAGGAAGUGGUUGAAAAUCUGAGAGGACACCUACAGAAGGACACGGUGCAGAGCCUCACACACAUUAUGGAUGAAAUUACUAAAGAGAACCAGGAGUUAAGAUUGAAACAGGCCAAGCUACAGUCCCAGAAAGAUGAGCUGGCAUUGCAGCUGAAGCAGACUGCAAUGGAGAGGACUAAGACUGAGUCCCAGCAGAAGCACCUGGCGGUGGAGAACCAGCUGCUGAAAAGCUCUCUGGAGCGAGAAGAGGAGUCCCUGUCCGCCCUGCAGGAGGAGCUGAGGAGCCUGCGCUCACAAAUCCGGGGCCUAGAGGAGCGGGGUGCUGGAGCCGACUCCAUCCUGUCCGAGAACCAGCGCCUGAAGGAGCACCUGGAGGAAGAGAAGCAGCGUGUGCUUAGCGUGCUGGGCCAGAGGGAGACCCUGAUGGCCGAAGCCCACACCCUGAGGAAAGAGCUAGACAAGGAGCGUCGUGUGACGGAGCAGCUGAGGGCGGAGCUGGACCUGCUGAGCAGUGCUGCGGAGGGGGUGGGGGGGGACCCGGAGACCGAGGAGCUGCAGGCCCGUCUGGCAGAACUGGAGAAGAAGCUGAGCUUUGAGCAGCAGCGCUCAGACCUGUGGGAGAGGCUGUAUGUAGAGACUAAAGAGGACAAGGCCACGGGGGACAAGCAGGCCAAGGUGAAGAAGCCCAAAGAAGGCGUGAUUGGGAAGGUGAAGGAGACGUUUGAUGCGGUGAAGAACUCCACCAAGGAGUUUGUGCACCAUCACAAAGAGCAGAUAAAGAAAGCCAAAGAGGCCGUGAAGGAGAACCUGAGGAAGUUUUCUGAUUCUGUCAAAUCGACCUUCCGCCACUUCAAGGACUCGGCCACGCGCAUCAUGGACAAAACCCAGCGGCCUCAUGACAGGAGGUUUCACGAGAGGAAGGAUGCGAGGACAGAGAAGCAGCAGCAGGAUCAGCAGCAGCAGGAGGAGCACAAGCGCUCGGAGGGAGAUUCCUGGCAGCACCGGGCCCACAAGCCCCUGCAUAGACACCCUCGUAAAUCUACAGAGGACUCCUUCCAGGCUAACCGUAACACCCGCAAGUUUGGGGGCAAGGUCCAGGAGGAGCCUGACCAGGACAGCCAGAGAAGUGGGCCCAAAGGCUGUUCGGGAGUUUUUGACUGUGCCUACCAGGAGUCCAUGAGCCUCUUCAACAAAGCCAUGGACCCCAUCAGAGCAGACGAGUUCAACCAGCUCCUUCACAGCUACCUCCAGCAGGAGGUUGACCACUUCCACCACUGGACGGAGCUGGAGAGCUUCAUCAAUAAGUACUUCCACAACGGUGUGUUCAUCCACGACCAGAUGUUGUUCACUGACUUUGUAAGUGGUGUGGAGGACUACCUGGAAGACAUGCAGGAGUACCACGGCCACGACGAUGACACCUUCGAAGAUCUGGAUGAGUACAUCUACAAGCACUUCUUUGGAGAUACCUACUCACAGCGCUAUGGGCCCAGCAGGCCCUUUGAGGGGCCGGACCCACCCAGGAAGGAGCAGCACAGGUCCAAUCAGCAGCAGCGUAAGCAGCAGAGGUCUCGCCCCCGGCCACAGAGAGACAGGAAGUGGAGCAGAAGUGGACAGAACACAGACAGACACAUGACUGAUGUCAAAAUUGAGCUGGGUCCCAUGCCUUUUGAUCCAAAAUAUUGAUAAUAACCUUAAUUAGUUAUUGAUUAGUUUUUAAAAUAAUGGCUUAACCUGAUACUGUUGUUGCAAAUUCUACUCUGGAUGCAUUUGAUUAAAAGCCUUUUUUUUUAUUUUAUUGUGAUUUUGCACAAUGUUACUGCAGCUGGCUGUCCCUAGCUUCCUGUGCUGUGUAAAGCUAUACUUACUAAGCUAGAGGCAGUAGUGAUGUAUCUGAACGCACAAAGAAAAUAAUUGCUGCAUUGAUUUGUAAUUAAAUUAUUGUCUAAAUAUUUAUAACUAGAGCAAUUACAUGGGAAUACAGACAAAUCUGUAGAGGGG